CCGCGGAGGUGUCAAUCACCGUGACGUCACGACCACUAUUAAAGAAAACUAACAAACAGCAGCAAGAAAAACACAGACACACACCGGCGGAAUAACAGCACGGACCGUCGCCGAGGGUGUAAAACAAAGUCUUUAUACUGUGGGAGCUUCUCUUUUUACUCGGAUAAGGAAUCGCUCAUUUUUGGAGAGAUGGCCCAGGAGACCAAUCAAAGCCCCAUGCUCUGUGCCACCGGCUGCGGGUUCUACGGCAACCCUCGGACCAAUGGCAUGUGCUCGGUCUGUUACAAAGAGCAUCUAACACGACAGAACAACGGGGGAGUCAGUCCUAUUAGCACAAUGGCAGCUUCCAGCAGUCCUACCUCUGAAUCCUCGGCCAUCCAGAUCAUAGAAGCUACGCUAAACAACUCCUCGUCUGCUAGCGCUGAGUCACCUAGCGGCUCCGCGGCUGCUCUUCCCGUUACACAACAGAUGACGGAGAUGAGCAUUUCUUGUGAAGACGAGGGGGUCUUGCCUAAAGUUGAACUUCCUGAACCAGUUGUCACUCAGCCGACAGCAUCCAGCGCUCCUCUGAGCACCGCUGAAGAGACCAAAACCCCCGACGCCCUCAAACCCAAGAGGAACAGGUGCUUCAUGUGCCGCAAGAAGGUCGGCCUGACAGGGUUCGACUGCCGCUGUGGGAAUCUCUUCUGUGGACUCCAUCGCUACUCGGACAAGCACAACUGCCCCUACGACUACAAGGCGGAGGCUGCGGCCAAGAUCCGCAAAGAGAACCCGGUGGUGGUGGCCGACAAGAUUCAGAGAAUAUAAAGCGCUCGCCAUCGCAAGAGAGAUCGGAUACAAGGACUCGCACUUUGACCUGUGCUCCAAGAGACUAGUUUUUUAAAUUACAGUAUGGGAAAGAAUCUUGUUUCUAAGCCAAUGCAUGAGUGAUCACUUUGUUUCCAUCUUUCUUUUGCUUUCUGUUGAUGAUAUAUGAGCUUCAAGUUAAAACAAAUGGAAAAAAGAGAGCCUAUAAAAGGUGUGAAGCCAGAGACAUUUGGCUAACGAGAGGAAGACGUUGUGCUGAAGGAUCCCGGUCGGACUCUGACCCGAGCAGCAGUGCAUGGCUGGUUCAUGUAGCAAGGACGCUCUUCUGUCUCCUGUUCUCCAGACAGCCUUCUUUCUGCUCGAGCCUCAGCCAGCUGUUGGAGUGAUGCUGGGGUUUCCCUGUCGGUCGACUGUUAAGAAUGAUUUUUAAACCAUUGACAGACUUCGUGAAAAAUAUGUAAUCCAAUUGGGAUGGUUUAACGCAGCCAGACCAGAAUGAGCGACUGCAUCCAUGAUACCCUGUCAAGUUCAGAUGAGGUUGGACAUGGCCACAACACAAAACCAGUUAUUCAUUCUCCCACAAGGUCCUUUAAGACAUUUGUAUUCAUUUCAUUGAGUUGUAAUGUGACACUGGUUUGAUGGAUGGGCUCGUUGGGUUUAAAUGGGUGUUUUGCAUGGGUAGUGAAAUGAGUAUUUUACAGUAGACUGCAUACUUUUCUUCUGCUCUCUAAUUCACCUUUCUCACGUGUGACUUGAUCUUUUUAGUAGGUAUUGAGUGUUAAAUGCUGGUAAGAAAUGAUGGUAUUGUUUAGUGUCAUUUACUCAACCCUCAGGUGUUGUGUCAUUGGGAGGAUGUGAGUUAGUCGCCAUCGUUUUCAUCUGAGGCUCGGUCCGGUUCUUGUUUUUAGGUCUGGCUGCACAGCGCUGGUUUAUUUUAGAGCUUUGUGAGAUUACACCGUGAAAUUAACCAUCUGUUUGGAUUUGAUUUUUAGUUCUGCAAGCUUGUACAAACCAUCUUUUAUUUAUUUUAUGUAUUGCGCAUAUAAUCUUGUUACCCAACAUUACUGCGAAAUUGUAUCUUGUAAAUAAAAUGAUGUACAGAGAUAUUAUUAAA